GCUAAUGCGUGGCGUUUCAGAGAGCUCGCCGACUCGCGCAAUGGCGGAGGAUUUGGAUGUCGAGGCGAUGCUGGAGGCGCCGUACAAGAAAGGGGUAAGCCUUGCUUCUUUGCCAACUUCGCGUACGCCGAUAUCUCUUAUACUUUCCUUUCUCGCUCUCCUCUCUCUCUCUCUCUCUCUCAUUUUUGAUCUCUCGAUUCGCCACCGUUUCCGUCUCACUUAAAAACGCUCGUUCAUCGCAUUAUCGUACUGGAUGGUGAGACGUGCCUUCUUUCUCUCCCUCUCUCUCUUAUUUUUAUUUUUAUUUUUUUAAUGUACGCUCUCGCUGCCGUAUGAGAGAAAGGGAACCCACCAUCACAACCACCUCCAUCUCCCCGCCUCUCGCUCUAUUUUUUUAUUCUCUCUCCCUCUCUCUCUCUUUUCUCUAUGUGUGGUCUAUGGAUAGUUUUAUGUACAAGUAUAUAUAUAUGUAGAACAAAGUACGCCCUUGUCUCUGAUGUUACCAACUAUUGAUCAACACCUCCGUUUUCUGUACUUAUAGAUGGUACGUAACAUGUACCCUCGCGCUCAUAGGAUGUGCGCCACCGAGUUCCUUGCACUUGAAAGACUACGAGGUAUUAAGAAUAUAGCAAUCAUCUAAACAUCAUUCUCUACCUCUCUCUUUUUUUUCCCCCUGUCUCCUCUCUAGUCUCUCUUUCUCCGUUUCUUUUUCUUUUUUUUAAAUAUUUUUUUCAAUCUUUUCUUACAAAGGUGUAAGGUUCAUAAGAUUAAAAUGAUCACACACACACACACGCGCACACACACAUCCGCGUCACUAUCAUGGCGGUACAAGCUCGAACGGAGGCAGUUCUCGACAGGGACAAUGAUAAUGGAGCAGGACUCCUCUUCCAAAGACAAGUCCUCCAAGGAGAAUGGGUCUAGUCGCAAGUCAUCUGGGAAGAGCAAACAUCGCUCGCGUUCACGUUCACGAUCCCGGGAUCGCGAUCGCCGAGACAAAGAUCGACGGGAUCGCGACAGAGACAGGGAUCGGGACCGCGACCGGGACAGAGAUCGCGACCGCGAUCGUCGUUCACGCAAAUCAAGAUCGCGCGAAAGGCGGGACCGGGAAAGGGAUCGUGACAGCGAUCGAGACAGGGACAGGCGAGACAGAGAUCGGGAUAGGGACAGAAGGAGGAAGAGAUCGCUAACACCGUUGACCCUUCCUAGAGCCCGACCACCGUUCGGCAAAGGCCACAGUCCUCUUGGAAUAAACGAUGAGUUAACACCAGAAGAGCGAGAUGCCCGAACUGUUUUUUGCAUGCAGUUAAGUCAGCGAAUUCGUGCAUGCGAUUUGGAAGAAUUCUUCUCAAGCGUUGGCAAAGUACAGGAUGUCAGACUUAUCACAUGCAACAAAACUCGAAGAUUCAAAGGCAUUGCUUAUGUGGAAUUCAAAGAUCCAGAGAGUGUGACACUUGCUCUUGGUCUGUCAGGUCAAAAACUUCUUGGAGUACCUAUCGUAGUACAGCAUACACAAGCUGAGAAGAAUCGCAUGGGUAAUUCGAUGCCGAAUCUAAUGCCUAAGGGACAAACGGGACCUAUGCGAUUAUAUGUAGGAUCUUUGCACUUUAACAUCACAGAAGAUAUGCUUCGCGGUAUCUUCGAACCGUUUGGAAAGAUUGACAACAUACAGUUGAUUAUGGAUCCUGAAACGGGGCGCAGCAAGGGUUACGGCUUCCUGACUUUUAGAAAUGCAGAUGACGCGAAGAAAGCGUUGGAACAACUGAAUGGAUUCGAGCUCGCUGGUAGACCUAUGAAAGUUGGAAACGUAACGGAACGAACUGAUCUGAUUCAAGGACCUUCUUUACUUGAUACUGAUGAGCUAGAUCGUAGUGGAAUUGAUCUCGGAGCGACUGGACGAUUACAACUGAUGUUCAAAUUGGCGGAAGGUACCGGUUUGGAAAUUCCUCCUGCUGCAGCAAACGCUUUAAAUAUGGCACCAGUGAUGGCGCAGCCACAACCACCGCCUCAGGCCGCGCCGCCUAUUGCAACACAGUGCUUCAUGUUAUCGAACAUGUUCGAUCCACAGAAUGAGACAAAUCCUAACUGGGCAAAAGAAAUUCGCGACGAUGUGAUUGAGGAGUGUAAUAAGCACGGCGGUGUCUUACACGUAUACGUGGACCAAGCGUCACCACAGGGUAACGUCUACGUAAAGUGUCCGUCAAUCGCGACCGCCGUGGCGGCUGUGAACUCGCUGCACGGCCGAUGGUUCGCUGGUCGCGUCAUAACCGCAGCCUACGUGCCAGUGGUGAAUUACCACUCGUUAUUCCCCGAUGCAAUGACCGCGUUACAAUUGUUGGUACCGAGCGCACCGCGAAGAGGGAUGUGAUGACCUUAAACGAGCGAGCGACAAUCCGUCUGCUGAUUUGUAAAAUCCUUGCGUAGUAUUGCGUUCUUCUCUGUCUCACAUACUCUCGUUGCUGUCCGGUGGAAUCGCAUUUUUUUUAUUCGUUGAUAAGACGGGGAAAGGAGGCACCUUGAGGUAACAGAUUUUCAACGAUCGUAUGUUGUUAACUUGUGUCACGUUGCAUAAAUUCAUCGUAGCAUUGUGAACGUGCGAUAAGUUCGAUUCGUUUCACGGCACACACAUAUAUAUAGUUCGCAUUAAUUUUGAUGGCAAUCAAAAUUUGUGAUAGUAGGGAGAUUAUACGGUUUGUUUGUCAUUUUUCACCUGGCUGUUCAAGCACAUGUGAAUUAAAGGAUUUAUGAACUCCAAAAUAUAUGAUUUUUUGCCACGUUGUACAUAUAUUAUUUAUAUUUCUUAAUUUUUUUAUUUAGUUUUCCCUUGUAUGAAGAAAUAUAAUAUGAAGUAAAUAUUAAUUGUUCUGAUUUAUUUAUUUUUUUGGUGAUACUGUAAUGAAUAUAUUCCAAAGAAAUUACGAAACUAAUGUAUUUUUAUUUGGAAAGGAGGGGGGGUACAAUACGAUUUUGAAAUCAAGUUUUUUCUUCGCUUGUAAACUAGUAUUGAAGAUAUUUGUAUUGCGUGAGAUGAUAACUAAAAAGCACAAAAAGAAUAUCUGAGUUUUUACAAGUGGACAUUUACAAUCUAUAAGAAAGAACCACAAGCUUCAAUUUGUGGAGAAUAAUUAUGAAAAUUACAAAUCAAUAUUAUUACAAAUAUAUACAUGAAGUUUCGUGUAAAAUGAUACAAUCACGCAAUAAUUUUCGAAUUUACGAGAAAAAAAAUAAAGAAAUAUUUUAAUUAUUGAAUAUCUAUGGAAAUAGAAUAAUUUUUUCUAUUUCUACAAUAUGCCAUUGGCAUAUUUUCUCUUUACGUGAAAUUCAUUGUAAAAAGUUCAGAUAGAUGCAGAUUAUAGAAUUUCUAUUUGUCGCGUGUAAUUGUGUAGACUGAAAAAUAUAUAAAUGCAUUUGUUUAUCAAAAAAUGCUAAUCGCGUUUUAUUCUAAUGCAUCUCUAUAUUAUAGAAAAGAGUACUUUUAUCGCGAAUCAACUACUCGAGUCAAAAAUUUCUAAUCCUCUGCAGACCUCUUUUUUUUUAAAUCGUAUUUUACUUCCGUUUAAAUGUACUGUAAAUAUUUCGUAUAACAAAUCUAAUGCGUAUUUAAAAUUU